AUGUUCGACUCCUUCAAAGUGACCAAACUGUGUGACCAAGAAGAGGUCAGCAGUCACCUAAUAACGAUCGGGUCAUUCAAUAUUCUAUGCGAUUUACCUUUGAACCCAAAGGAAAUACUGAAUUUUAAGAAAAGCACAAUAAGCUGCAACAAUGUAGAACAUGAAGACAAGUCACAGGAGGAUAAAUACAUACGUAUAACAAAUCUGGAAACAAAAGCUCUAUCAAAUAAAUUAUUACUAAACAUAAGUAGCGUGCCAAUAAAAAUUCACAUCAUUUUAAUUUCCUCUAGUGAAUGUUUCAUGGGGUUACCAAUAUUUUGCAAAUAUUUCGACGUAUCAGAUACGCAUAUAAUUUGCACAAAAUUGACCUUCACCUUUGCCUUAAGCGCAGUAGAGAAUUUGCAGACGAAGGAAAAUUACUUGCCUCCGUGGAAUGAAGAAGGAGUUUGUAGCAAGGAAAAGUUUAGCGAAGAUGAAUUCAGCAAACAUAAUUUAAGCAAAGAUAAUCAUUUCAACACACAUGAAUACUUGGAUUUAAAAUUAAGCUUCAAAAAUUCUCUACAUUUAUUAUCAUAUAAAGAAAAAAUAAGCUUCCAACAAAAUGAUGAAGUUCUCUGUAUUACUCCCUACAGUAGUGGGUACUCCUUGGGCAGCUGCAACUUUCUUGUUAAGACAGACCUUAUGAAUUUAUGCAUUAUUAACAAAAGCUGCUAUAAUGUUAAAAGGCACCCCUCUCCUCUAGAUUUGGCAUGCCUGGAAAAGGCAGACUUUGUUCUUUUUACCGCAUACAUGAAGGGGGAUAAAAAUGCGGAGCAGCCUGCCCAGAGGGGAAAUAACCCCCCAAACGGAGUAGAUUCAAAAGAGGAAGCAUCAAACAAAAGCGUUCCUAGCGAGGGUGACCCAGCAAAAAGAGACCCCCGCGAAAGAACGAGAGAAAAGAUAAACUUCUACGUCGAAAAAAACUACAAAGAUAGCCUAAAUAAAAUAUGCUCCCUUGUCCUGAGGACCAUCAAAAACAAGGGCUGCGUGCUGAUCCCGGUGGAUCUGCACUUUUUGUACUUCCUCGAGUUAAUAGAAUUGAUAGGCGUAGUUAUUAGCAAAUAUUUAACCAAAGAAGAACAAGUGCUAAUCUUUACCAUAAUAGGAAACAUCAGCAAUGUGAUUCACCAAGCAGAUCUGUGUGCAGAAUGGGUAGAAGAAUCGAGGAAAAAAAAAUGCAGCAAAGUUUCCAACCCACAAGGACCUUUUUCAAUUGAAAUUAUGAUAAAAAAUAAUCGCCUAAUUACUGGAAAUGAUAUAAAUGAUAUAAACAAAUUGUUCAGGUACCCAUGUGUAUGUUUUGUACAAGAUUCAUCUUUGCGAUUUUUUGAAUCUUCCACCUUGUUAGAAAAAUGGGCCAUGGAAGAAAACAAUUCACUCUUGCUAAUCGAUCCCUACUACGAUCCUGUAUCAGUAUUGGCUCCUUUCCACAUCUAUCUUAAAAAAAUUAAUGUCUCUUUUUGCCCCCUUUCUUGGGAUAUAAAUGAGACAGACAUUUGGGAAAUUAUAAACACCAACGCGAAUAAAAAAUGUGUGUAUCUACUCCCCCAUCGGUUGGGGGAGGGGUGCAGUUCACAUCGGAUAAGGAUCCAGGGGGACAUUACACAUGUAGGCGAAAAAAGCACCUACAAUGAUGGAGAAAAAAACGAGGAAGAAGAAAAUUACAAUAAAACGGGGACCAACCCUCCAUACGAAAACUAUGCAAAUGGAAAUCCACAUGCAGAUGUGAACCCAAAAGGCAUCAUCUACAUUUACCCAUUACGCACAAGGGAAAUUAUUUAUGACACAUUUUCCCAGGUGGGUGCAAAUUUGCGCCCUGUCCCCUUUACAGUCGAUGGAACAAAUAAUUUGAAAAAAAUUUUAACAAAGGUAGAUAACCUCCAUUGCGCAAAGGUCAGAUGUACAUACAACAGCACACUCUUCGGGGAUUAUAUAAAGGAAGGUCAAAUGGAGAUAUGUAAAUUGGCCUCACAGAGCAAGGGGGUAGAUAAUAAAAAAACAGGUAAUGAAUUUAUGAACGACAAGGGCAUGAAUCUCAUGUUUGGGUCCAUACGUGAAGAAGAUUUUGUUGAUAAUUUACUCCAGUGUGGCUACAGCAAAGAAGAUUUAGUAGUGCAGCAUUCAGAGGACAGCACCCCCGACAUGCAGACUGAAAACUACUUGUGGAGCAUUACCAUCAAUUCAAUUAACUCUAAAGUGGUAUGCUACACAAAGUACGACAUCGAAGUGAUUAGCAGCCAUACGAAGCUCCGUCAACAGGUUAAGGAGAUUCUCCAGAAAAUCGCGACCACGCUAUAA